GAUCCUGUUCGUUUCCUGUUCGACUGUUUUCAUGCCCUUGAAAUAUGUCGUCCUUUCGACUGUCGUAGGCGUAGCACGCAAAGAAUCCCUUUCCACGAUUCUCCGGCCGAAGCAACAAAUUACGUGCAAACGAUAAACGAAAACCAUCUGAUUUAUCGUAAAACGCAUUAUCCUUUGGCAUGCACUGAAGCGACGACCUGGAAAUUUCGCCAAUCGUGAACGAUGUUGGUUGAGAAAAUAGGUUACGCGACGAUCAUAUAUUGGGGUUACAAACUGUCCCGAGACAUAAUAUACAAACUGUAUAAGAACUUUUUCACAACGUCGACCAUCGAUUUGUAUUCGAUGGGUAAAUGGGCAGUUAUCACCGGUUGUUCCCAUGGUAUAGGAAAAGCUUACGCGGAGGCGCUCGCUAAAAUAGGGUUAAACGUGAUACUCGUAAGCCCGGACACCGAAAACUUGAAAAAGAUCGCCAGUAACAUCGAGAUGAUGUACAACGUGAAGACGAAAGUGAUCAAACUAGAUAUCUCGGAAGGUUUGGAAACAUACAAAGUGAUCGAAAAAGAAAUAUUCGGUUUGGAGAUCGGUGUGUUGAUAAACAAUCUCGGUAUGUCGUAUCCACAUCCGGAAUAUUUCCUUGAUCUGCCGCACAAAGAGAAGAUCUAUAUGAGUAUCGUGCACUGUAACGUCGUUAUUGUUACAAAUAUGUGUCGUAUUUUGUUACCGCAAAUGGUCGUCAGAGGAAAAGGAGUAAUUGUGAAUGUUGCCUCGGUGGUGGCCGUAUUGCCGAGUCCUCUUUUAACCGUGUUCGCGGCUACCAAAGCGUACAUUGUGAAAUUUACCAGAGAUCUGCAGAUCGAGUACGCGAGACACGGCAUAAUCGUGCAAUGCUUAUUACCUGGAACAGUCACGAAUCAUACAACAGACUCGCCGAGAGCAGGGUGGAUGGUACCGACGCCGGAAAAAUACGUACAGAGCGCUAUAAAAACAAUAGGGAAAGAAAACGUGACAACAGGAUUCUUGCAUCACUCCAUUCUGAUCGGAAUAAUUAAAUUCACUUACCGAUUGUCGCCCAAUUUCAUUAUCGUAUGGAUGAUCAAUAUUAUGGAAGGGAAUCGGAAUAAUGCGCUACGUCGAUACAUCGGAUGA